ACGAAGUUACGAAGUGCUCCGACACCUCUCCUCUAGGCCUUUAACCUCUCUGAGUCUUGCGCUAUCUUGAGCGGCCUUUCCAGUACAUAACGAAGAACAGCUCGAGGUGAGAACAAGAUGUCUGCAACGCCCGCACCCAAAUACAUCAUCGAGCAUAUGGAGGAGGAUGACGAUCAGACCCGAACACUACCGCCAUGGGUCCUCUUAGAAUACGGCCAGAUGCUCAAGGUCGCUUCCCCGAGUUCGACGGUCGGGUUCACCUCCCUCUCGGCGUCGACUCAUGCCAGCAUUAGCACCCAACUCGACACUGUCGUAUCUCAGACCUCGUCGUCCUCAUCCAAGCCUCCGGCGAAAUUCUUUGCCUCCAAGGAAAGCAUCCUCACCUACCUCGCCUCUGCUUCUCCUCCUAUUCCCAUCUCCAAAGUCUGCCUCUUGGACCCCAAGGCGCCCAAAGCUCUCUGUCCGGAAGACGGUCAAGCGGGCAAGUUCGAGUUCUUCCUCUUUGGAGGAAUUUUGGGAGACGACCCUCCAAGGGAUAGGACGGGCGAGUUGAGGAGGAUGGGCUUCGAGGGGAGACACUUGAGAGAUGUGCAGAUGACGACGGAUACGGCAUUGCACGUGACCAAGCUCGUCGUCGAGGAUCAGAUCCCUCUGGAAGACAUUAAAUACGUCGACUACCCGACCAUCACCUUCAACCCUAGAGAAAGCGUAGAGAUGCCCUUCCGAUACGUGGCGGAUGAGAAGGGAGAACCCAUCUUGCCCGAGGGGAUGCGCAAGCUGCUGGAAUCAGACUUGAACCGGACGUUCGAGUUCUGAGUGGUGUUGUACGAUCAUGUACGGAACAUAUCAAGCGUAUACGACGAGAGUGCCAGAUUUUGCGUAACAUGGGAGAUAGCCGGAGAUCCUUCCACGCCGUCAUUACGAGC